AUGCGGCAAUGCCUCACGAACCCCGAUGGAGGGUACUACACCACGGCUCGGCCGUCGUCAGAAGAGGCAGACCAGUUCGGCAAGGCCGGCGACUUCAUCACUUCGCCCGAGAUCUCUCAGAUCUUUGGCGAGUUGGUCGGAAUCUGGUUCAUGACCGAGUGGAUGGCGCAGGGUCGACCGCGGCAAGGCGUCCAGUUCAUUGAGAUGGGGCCCGGACGGGGCACAUUAAUGAGUGACAUUUUGAGGACGAUCGGACAGUUCGGAACGUUCGCUCAGGCCAUACAAGCCGUCUGGCUCGUCGAAGCUGGCGAAGGACUACGACACAAGCAGAAGCAACUGCUGUGCGGGCCCGAUGCAGAGAUGAAAGAGGUCAGAGACCCUACAGGCAAGAACGUGUGGUGGGAGGCGACCAGUAACCAAGGAAUCCCGGUGCGGUGGGUGGAGGAUAUUGUGCUGUUACCGAAACCCGGGGAGGGCGGAGUCGACAAGAAUCUGGAGAUGCCAUUCAUCAUUGCCCAUGAGUUCUUCGAUGCUCUUCCGAUCCACGCAUUCGAGUCGGUGGCGCCGAAGCCCGAGGACACUCCAUCAGAAGACGCGACUGCACAACUACUCGGUGGUGAUAAAUCAGGCGAACAUCGGCCCAAGCCGUCCACGGCAACUAAACUGCCGCAGUGGCGAGAACUUCUCGUGGCCCCGACAACACCAAGAUUCUCCAUCCCAUCACCGGCCGAGACGCAAAGACGGGACAGUCACAAAGAUCCGGAGCCGGAGUUCCAACUGACUCUCGCCAAAGCAAGCACGCCGAGCUCACUCGUCAUCCCCGAACGACCACGCUACCGCGCCCUGAAGAGCCAAGUAUCGUCACGCGUCGAAAUCUCACCAGAGAGUGCACGCUACGUACAGGACUUUGCACGCCGGAUCGGUGGAGAUGCCAGUGUGACACCAGCAAAUGCGACUUCCAAGCCCGGAUCAAGCAAAACAGGACCCAAACCGGCCGGAGCAGCGCUCAUCAUCGACUACGGCCCGCUGGAGACGGUGCCGGUGGACUCGCUCCGCGCGAUCCGGAAGCACAAGAUCAUAUCGCCGUUCGUGUAUGCCGGUGAUGCGGACAUCAGCGCGGACGUCGACUUUGGGGCCCUGGCGGACGCGGCGUUGGAGGCCAGUCUUGGCGUCGAGGUCCACGGGCCGGUCGAGCAAGGCAUGUGGUUGACGCAGCUGGGCAUCCAAGAGCGGGCGAAUCGGCUGGCGAAAGAACUCGAGAAGAAGAAAAGUCGAGGUGGUGCAACGGCAGAGGAAAAACUCGAACUCGACGAGGCCGAGGAAUUGGAAAUGCAGAGCAAGAAACGCGAAUUGGAAAUGGGCUGGAGGCGGCUCGUCGAGCCCGGGCCAAAGGGCAUGGGUAAGGCGUAUAAAGUCAUGGCCGUCCUGCCUGAAAACGGCGGCCGAAGGAGGCCGGUCGGAUUUGGCGGAGGCGUCGUCGGAUGA